GCAUGUAAUGGGGGUUGUAGGGCAGAAAGAAAGAAAGACGAAGAGAAGUAGUACGGGACAUUUCCUCAUCAAGUUGCUUCGACAAAGCAGGUCGACAUUCAGGUCUGAAUAAAGAGGCGAAUAAAAGGAACAAUGAGGAAGACGUUUAAAUGUAAUGAGUCGAUGAUCAUCACUAUUCCUAUUGGGAAUCUGAAGGAGGCUGGAGACGGUCAGCUGAUGCCAGAGAAGUUCCACUGUGUGUUCAAAGACUCGUACAAGGUCUUUGUCAUCAACGGGAAACCUAAGCCUCUCGGAGCAGCUCAGGCCAUCGCUGGUGUGUUCAUUUGCAUUCUUGGUCUGCUUUUCCUGAAUACAUAUAAUUUGUUCUACAUUUUGCCCAGUGUUCUGUUUGUGGUGUGUGGUUUGCUGUCCUAUGCUGCAGGAAAGGCUCCAAACAUGCCUGUGGCAAAGCUGUCGUUCUCACUCAACAUUAUCAGCUUCUUCUGGUCAAUUGCAGCAUUUUCUCUUACUGUGACAGCAAUACAGUUUAUCGAUUUAUCGCCUAAGCCAGAAAAGGAUUCGCUGAAAGGAGUUGGUGGGUUGAUGAUGAGUCUGCUUGUGGUUGAAAAUAUAAUGGCCUUAUUCCUGAUCUACUGGAUGAGCAAGGCCAUUUGUAGAGAACACUUCAACACACUGCCAAUCAUACUGCUGAAACAAGAAGCCUGAACUGUGGAAACCAAAGGCAAAAGAGCUGCCCUUUUAUAUUUGUGGCAUUAUGAACUUUGUGGCUGUAUAAAAAGUCCAUCACAUGUUGUCAGGUAUGAGGUACGUCCAAAAGCAGGCUACUUUGUAUGGUAUUGCUUUUAUAUGAUUGUGGAUGAAGUCGUGUUUGUGUAAAAACAGAAAGUGGUUGGAACCCCAGAAAGAAAUUUGAUUUUAAGUUGCUUUACAUGUAAAAAUGUUUCUAACCCGUGAUAUAUGAAAUGUGUUCCACCAGUAUGUGGCUAUUUAAUAUCAGUAUAGUUUACUGAUCAUCUGUCACUGCAUAGCUCUGUACGUCAAAAUGUAUCAAACAUGUACAUGUAAAUUAUUAUCCAAUCUCACAAUCUGACAGCUACAGUACAUCUUCAGUUUUGAUUGUUUUCAACACAAUGGCCACCUUGCAAUCUUUGAGUAUACCCCAUGCAUAGAUACAGAUAAUUGUAACUUCUUUUAAACUUUUUUUUUAAACUUUAAUUUACUUUAAUACUAUUCUGCAGCAGUUCUUGCUUUCGUAUUUGUUUUGAACUAAAUACAUAAAAUUAUUUACGUUGUGUUUCUCUUUUUCUAAGCUAAGACAUUGCUGAAACUACUAAAAAUAAACAGAUCUUCUUGUA